AGUUGGAUUAAAAGUUGAUGAAAUGGAUUUUGCUGAUCAUUUACUAGAUGAAAAAAUAGAUAUUCCUUUCAUUGCAAAAGUUACUGGUUUAACCAAAGAAGAAGUGGAGAAAUUAAAACGAACUAUUUACCAUUUAUAG